AUGGAACGAUCUGAUAUCAUCUCAAAAUCUCUCCAACUAAUCUUCCUUGUAUUCCUACUGCUGAAAAAUGUUACUGCAGAUUCCGGCCCCAAUUAUUUCUUUACCACUUGUGACAAUGCAAAUGGUAACUAUACACAGAACAGCUUAUACAAAGAGAACCUCUACCAGCUCCUUACAGAACUCGGCGGAGAAGCCUCCAGAUCUGACUUCUAUAAAGCCACCAGGGGAGAAAGCCCCGGCAAAAUUUAUGGCACAUUCUAUUGUAGACGUGACAUGAGUACUAACUUCUGUCGUGAUUGUGUACAGGCAGCAGCACAAAAGAUUAUAAGAAACUGCACUAAUCAGAAAGAAGCUGUUGUCUGGUAUCAAGAAUGCACUCUGAGGUAUGCAAACAGGCCAAUCUUUGGUCUGGACGAAGAAGACCUUCGUUGGUCUUUUUGGUUCGACCAAAGUUACAACGUAUCCAAUCCCAAUCAGUUACAGAAUGUGCUGUUCAAAAGCAUGAACAGCCUUAUUCAGAAGGCAGCUUAUAACAAAACUUACAAUGGUUAUGCAACCGGAGAGGCCCCUUUUCCCCCAUAUCCAACUGUAUACACUCUUGUUCAGUGCUCACCUGAUAUCCUUGGACCACCGUGUCAACGCUGCUUGCGUCGUAUUUACAGAGAUAUGCAGCUUUGUUGUAAUGGAGGGAGAUUGUGGGUUAUGAUCUUCAGGACUAAUUGCCAGAUGAGGUACGAAAUGGUGCCUUUCUACAACCAACUUGCUCCAUCUCCAAGCCCACCAGGCUCACAAUCUACAUCUACAGACAAGGGUGUACUAUUCUAUGUGAUAAGAGUUGUACCUCCAGUUACCGGCUUUGUAUUGUUGCUUCUAUGCAUCCUCGCAUUCUACGUGAACAAGAGGAAGAAAAAUCAGAGACCUAGAGCUCUUGAUCCUUCCACACUAAGCAAUGAUCCUGUGAUUCCUGUCAUUAGCAGCAAUGAAUCGAACAUCGAGCAAUCCAACCCUUCAGAAUCAUUGCAAUAUAAUCUGGACACAAUUAAAUUCGCUACAAGACACUUCUCCAUGGACAACAAACUAGGUGAAGGUGGAUUUGGAGCUGUAUAUAAGGGGAGGCUCCCAGAUGGACAGGAAGUAGCUGUUAAGAGGCUCUCAGAAGACUCUCGUCAAGGUCUAAGAGAAUUUACCAAUGAGGUCCAAUUAUUGGCAAAGCUUCAACACAGAAACCUCGUCAAACUUUUGGGUUUCUGCAUAGAAGGCGAAGAAAAGUUGCUUAUUUAUGAAUUUGUAUCCAACUUGAGUUUGGAUAAAUUCCUAUUUGAUCCAAACAGGCGUAAGUAUUUGGAUUGGGAAACACGAUUCAAUAUUAUAAUAGGAAUUGCACGAGGGCUUUUAUACCUUCAUGUAGAUUCUCGGGUCAAGAUUAUACACCGGGACUUAAAAUCAAGCAACAUUUUGUUGGAUGAAGGAAUGACUCCAAAGAUAGCUGACUUUGGCAUGGCAAGGCUUGUGAAAAUGGACCAUACACAGGCCAAUUCUACCAAAAUAUUUGGAACAUUUGGAUAUAUGGCUCCAGAAUAUGCAGUAGCUGGGGUAUUUUCUAUCAAGUCAGAUGUCUACAGUUUCGGAGUCAUGCUUCUGGAGAUCGUCAGUGGGCAAAGCAAUAAUUUGUUUAUUCGAUCACUAGGGCAUGACAGCCUUACAAACUAUGCACGGAAACUUUGGAAUGCAGGGACUAUUUCAGAACUAUUUGACCCAUCACUAGGGAACAACUGUUCAAGAACCGAAAUCCUAAGAUGUGUCCAAGUAGGGCUACUUUGUGUUCAAGAUGACCCUCCAAGUAGACCAACAAUGGAAUCAGUUCUCCUCAUUCUACAAAACAAUUCCUCUGAUAUCCAAUUUCCACCGCGCCUUUCAUCAGUUUCAUCUGAGACGAAUGUGCAAGGUGGGUACGUAACAGGAGAACAAGAUCAAUUUCAAAGUCUUGAAAGAGAUCAGGCUUAUAGUGGAAACUCCACUGCAUCCUCCUCCGUUGACAACUUCUCCAACUCCUCCGUUGGUCUCGGCCCUGAUCGUGUCAACGGAUACUACCUCUGUCGUCCAGACAUCUCCCUCGCCACCUGCGAGGCCUGCAUCAAUGCCACCAUCAACACCAUAGACCAGUACUGCUUCGAUAGGAAGGAGGCCACUAUUUGGUAUGAUGAAUGUAUGAUAAGAUUCACCAACAACUCCAUCUCCGCCAUUGAGAGCAACCAAACUAACACUUGGUAUUUCAACUAUGGUACACUAAAUGUCUCUAAACCUGAAGGCUUCCCCGCGCUGGUGAAUACCACCUUGCGGGGGUUGAUUUUGGAGGCGAUUUCAUCGGAUAAUUUACACCGGUUUUAUGCUCAUGGGCAGAAGAAUUUCACUUUGUUUGAAGGGUUUUAUGGGAUGGUUUUGUGUAGGCCUGAUAUAACAGCAGAGGCCUGUGAAAGUUGCUUGGUGACAGCAUUGGGUAGAAUACCUAGUUGUUGUGUUGACAGUUUGUCAGUUUGGACUAUGGUUAUGUUGCCUAAUUGUCAGCUAAGGUAUGAUACUGCGCCGUUUAUCUUUGAUUCUCAACCGUCGUUGUCGCCGCCACCAACGCUUCCUCUUCCGCCUACUCUUGCUCCUUAG